AUGGCAGAGACUUCUUUGGUGAUAUUUGUCAACCUUCUCAAGUGUCUCUUUGCAUUUUAUUCCCUUUACUACAUUGUGAGCAGCAUUUGUUAUGGAGCCUUCAGGUUACACAAUUUUGAUGGGAAGAUACCAUUCAACUUCGCUGCUUGGGUUGACUACUCCAAGUGUUGUCAGUCAUACUCCAAGGAACAGAUAGUGAAUGUGAUUUCAAUGGAGGUCACUUUCUUCCUGACAUCCUGGGCCUUUGUUAUCUUCCUCCGAACCAGAUUUUGGGAUUAUGCAAUCACGGUUACGUCCAUCCACUUCACCAUGAGUUGCAUAGUUAUGCUUGACUUCCCUCUGAACUGGUCAUGGUGGGCAUCUUUAGUUAUUGGCAUGCUGAUGAUGAUGACCAUUGGUGAAGUAUUCUGUUACCUUUGCUAUGAGUUGCGUCCAAUGAAAUCUCGAGUGGAUCCCACCAAUGAAGUGACAUGAUGUCGUCUGAGGACUCUACCUCUUCCAAGAUCUAUCAUGCUCAGACCAUACCCAGCUUGGGUGCUGUCAAUGACAUAACACAUGUAAAAAAGCUUGUCUCAUUAGCUUGCCUUAUUUUUGCUUACUUUGCACAAAUGUCUUAAUUUACAAAUGAUGUAUGUUAAAAACAUCCAUGCAAAGUAACAAAAAAUUAGGUACUCCAGUAACUAAUCUCCAGUACAGACAGACUUCAGUCAUCCUAAAUAGGUUCACGGUCCUUGGCCUUGCCUUGGCAGACCAUGAAAAAGACAUUAAGGUUUAGAAUUAAUGCAACCUGUCUUGAAUAUUUAAAGCUGGGACCUAGAAAGAAAUCCCCACCUCUGGUCACAUACAUGUGCACUUUGGUGACUCUGACAGUAUUACUCACUGUAGAUAUUUAAUAAGUUUUUUUGAAAUCCUCAAAUGACUUGAGAUUUAUGUUGUGCUCAGGUGUAUGCAUGUUGUUUUUGAUGAAAUAGUGAUUUAAUAGUGGUUUUUGUGGUGGUAUUUCAUGUAGUAUUGAACAUGUAGUAUUACAUGUAGUAUUGAAAAAUAUCCCAUUUUGCUAUUUAAAAAGGUUAACUUUUUUUCCCUAAAAACAUAAGACCGUAUUUUUGGUCACUCAUUCCACGUGUAAAAAUACAUUCAGUGAUUCCAUGAUAGUAUUCUGCAUUGAUACUGCACCGGUUUCCCUCAUUUGAUACUUCGGUUGUGAGUUAACAGCAACUGAGUUGUCUUUUCUGUAUUUGGUAAAGAAAAUGCGGUUGUUAUCUGUGUUAACAAUUUUUGUAAUAUACACAGAAGAGACUUCAAAUUGAAAUGUUUAUUUCCCUUUUGAUCUUUGUAUUAAUAAGGAUGGAGUUUUGAAAAACAAUAUGAAUUGGUGCUUUCAUUACGCAUUCUUCUUUCUUACCACCGACUGACGUAUUUGUUAUCGAGUAGUCCAGGUCCUUUAACUAUGGAAAGCUUUUAUCUGGACCUGGAAGAUUUGAUAAUGGUCACUGUUUUGUCUAUACCAUAGGCAUUUGAUUUGAUGGGCUAUCAGUUUCUUGCUCUACCUAUGUAUUCAUGUCUCGUAUUUUGAUGUUUACAAAUUAUGGGAUUUUUCCCAGUUUUAUAAUA